AUGAUAGACUUAGUACCGACAGCUAUCUACAAGUAUAAAGAGGAGACAGUAGAGUUAAUUCCUGGUGAGGGACCUCAUUCCACUGAUGGGUCAACACAACAAAUAUCAGAGGUGGUGACUAACGCUGGAGGUAUUGAUAGAGAUAAGCCAAGCGAACACAAUGAUACAUCCUUAGGACAUUUAAGAGCUAGAUUGACUACUUUACAUGAUGAGAUCAACAUAUUCUUGACAUCCAGAAUGAAAGGAGGGAAUAGUGGUGAUAGUGACGAUGUUGAACGUAGAGUAUUAGAUGGUGAUGAUGAUGAUAAUGAAUCAGAUGAAGUAUAA